AUGAGUACUUCCGCCGUCACAUCGCACAUUCUACCGCACAAAGCUGCCGGAAAACGAUCAGAAAAUUGGAUUUGCUGCGGCGAGCUCUACACUAGGAGCAACAGGAUUGUCGGUGGCCACUCGUCCAGUUUCGGCAGCCAUCCGUGGCAGGCUGCUAUUAUCAAAUCGGGGUUUCUCAACAAGAAGCUAUCUUGUGGCGGCGCCUUGCUGAACAACCGAUGGGUUGUCACCGCGGCGCACUGUGUUGCGACGUUAGUAUCGUGACAUACUGUCGUAAGUGGUAUGAUAGAU